CGCGUUGAUCUCACACAGCGCCAAGCGCCGGACUAGAGUGUGAUCUAUCUGUGAAUCGCUCCCAGCUGGAAUAGACCAAACCAGAGUCAGGAGCAGAAGGAGUGCGUUAUAUAGUGUGAGAGAGUGAGGGAAAGAGCCAAUAGAGGUUCCGCGCCUUAUGCGUGCUUGGAGGGCACAUGACCAGGACCAGUUGGACUAUGUUGUCAAGCCGCGAGUAGUGCGUGCCGGAAGCUCGGGGACACGGUGGCGCAAAAGCGACUUUCCUGAUAGCCUCAUGACUGGGCUGUAUUUUCCCUCCGGACUUUGUCUCAGACUUUAAAUGGUAGAAUUGUUAAUAGUGCAGUUAUAAGACAUUUCACCCAGAACUGUGGGAAAUUGUUUCUUUUGAUUUUACAACAACGACCAAUUAGAAUUGUACUUGUGCAGGUUGCUGGUGGAUUUCUCAAGAAAGGGAUCUUGAAAGGACACUCCAAACUGUGCGUCCUAUGACAUUUCACAACAGCUGGAGUAAUGAAGUUGACGAAGAAAAUUGUUAUGUGUUUAUUUAAAUGUUUAUACGCCUUGUGAUUUCUGUCAUAAAUUAGAUAACGGGUUUGAUCAAGUUUGCAAAGAAGAAAUUUGCUCAGAAAUUUUGGAAUAUGAUAUUAUAUCGAAGUCACAUUGCAAGUGAAAGAUAUUUUGUAUUAUUUGUAAACUAAUGGAAACCAAACGCCUGUAGAAAUACACGGGAACAAGCAAGGACAGACUUGUAGCCUAUGUACGUGCUUCGUUGGACAUACGUGUAGUGUUCUCUGCCUUUUAUUUUCCUCGCAACACUUUAGGUGCAAAUUGGAUUUUGGAAAACACAAUGAGUAUUCAUUGGGUGAGUGAAUAGAUUUAAGAUCCAUUGUCUAAUUUUUAAAUCAGAACUUUUUAGAUAUCAAAAUAGCCCAUCUGGCCUAUUGAGGCAUUUCUCAUCUCUUUUCGUUUUUGUCCUCUUUUUUUGUGUGGAGAGGAAGGAAAACUGAGGCUAACGAUAGACUGCCUAUACCAGCUGAGCUGGCUGUCAUGCGGGAUUGAUAGCGGGGAAGUAUGUUUGGGCUGGAGCAGUUUGGUUCUCAGAUUAAUAGCAGAAACCCUGGCCAGUCAGAGAGAAACAUAAACCAGCCAAGACUGAACAUGAGCUCCCAUUACAAAAGCCCUGGCUUUCAUGCAGGAGGCCCGCCUGGUGCAGUGGAGCCGGGCAUGGGCCCUCUGAACGAGCCUCCGAUGCUUGGGCUCAAUAUGAACAUGAACGGUGAGCAGUAUGGUGGCUUUCAUCCCAGGGGCCACUCAGACAUGCAUGCAGGCAGCGGACUCCAGCAGCAACAGCAGCAGCAAGGACCAAUGCAUGGAUUUUUUAACAACCAGCAACCUCACCAAGGCCAUCCCCAUGGCCACCAGUCUCACCCUCAUCAACACCAUCCUCAUUUCAGUGGGAACUUUGGAGGCCCAGACCCAGCCUCAUCCUGCCUGCAUGGUGGCAGGCUGAUGGGCUAUAACAACAGCGGCAUGGGGCCCCAGCAGGGCUUUGGAGAGGGGUUUGACCCCCUUGCGGAGGGCCAGGCAGGGGACAGCUUCUCCCAGCAGCAGCAGCAACAGCAGCAAAGAUCCAGUAACAUGCCUGAGUUCCAGCACCACGGCCCCCCAAGCGGCAACCACGCUGUCCCUGCCCCCUGUCUACCCUUGGACCAGUCACCUAACCGGGCAGCAUCCUUCCAUGGUCUGCCCUCCUCCUCCUCUUCCUCCUCGGAGACCCAUGGUCUGGAGCCUCGACGGAUGCCCAAUCAGGGUGCUGUGGAGGGAUUAGAGUAUAAUUUCCCCAGCGAGCCCCCAACUGGACAUUUUGAUGUACCUGUAUUUUCUCCAUCAGAAUCAGACUCUCAGCUGCCCCACUUUGGGCCAGGAAGGCCGGUGGCUGGUGGCAGUUUCCCUGGAAACCCUGCCAUGGCUCGGACACCGGGUAUACAGGGCCUCUCCAAAGGGCACCAGCAGCCUCCCCCACAGCCCCAGCAGCCUCAGCCUCCCCCACAGCAUGGAGUGUUUUUUGAACGCUUUGGGAAUGGCCGUAAGAUGCCAGUGGGGAUGGACCCGGGGGUCAGUGCCAGACACACUCUCAUGCAGCAGCAGCAGCAGCAGCAGGCUGGUUUGAUAGCACGACAGAACUCAUGCCCCCCAGGCCUCCCCCGGCCUCCCCAGUCUGAGUCGGGCUCCACCAACACCAACAUGCUGGAUGGUGGCGUCAUGAUGCCUGGCCAACACAACCAGUUUGAGUAUCCUAUUCACAGACUGGAAAAUAGGGGCCAGCACCCCUAUGGGGACCCCAUGUUUAAUAUGCAACAGCCGGCUCCCCCUCCUCCCGCCCAACAGCCUCCGAAUCAGAGGCUGCAACACUUUGACAGUCCUUAUAUGAACAUGGCAAAAAGGCCCAGAUUUGAGUUCCCUAACACACAGGGAGGGGAGAAUUGUGGCACGUGGGGCAGUGGCAUGCACAAUGCACAGGGCAUGGAGAACCAUCUCUCUCCCUCGGCCUACCCUGGCCUUCCUGGUGAGUUCACCCCACCUGUGACAGAUGGUUUCCCCCCGGGUCCACUCCAGCAUGCCGGGCCUGAGCAGCAGUCUCUGCAACAGCGGCAGAACGCGGCCAUGAUGAUCAAGCAGAUGGCCUCUCGGAACCAGCAGCAGAGGAUGAGGCAGCCCAGCCUGCAGCAGCUAGGUCACCACGGCGAUGUGCCUCCGGGCCCCAUGGUUCAUGGAGGCCCAGUGGGGAGCAUGCCUCAGCCCAACUUUGACAGGGAGAAUGGAGGCAGGAUGCCAAACUUUGAGGGUCAGAACCCUCAUAUAACUCAGGAGAACUGGUUCCCCGGGUCCCACCCACCAGGAGAGAUCAUGUCACGGCGUAUGGGGGGAACGGGCGGGGAGGCUGGGGCCCACGACAUGGGGCUGCAGCAGAACGGAGCUGGUAUGAUGUUCAGGCCAGGCAUGAAUGGGAUGGGCAUGCAGGAGCCAAUGAGGAUACCUGGAGAUGGGCAUGUACAGGCCCUCCACUCCCCUCGUAUGCACCCCCAGUUUGGCAACAACAUGGGCAACCUCUCCCAGAUGCAGUCCCCCGGAGCUGGAGUAGGACACCCCAACGCACCAUCAGAUAGGCGGCCAGCUGACUUCCCCGCCGGGCCAUCCAUGGGAGCUCAACCAACGUUUCCUUACGGAGGGACAAACCGUCAAGGGCCACCACAUAGCAAUCCCCAGGGGGUGAACACCUCACCAGGGAGCUACCCUACUCCAUCUGAGUUCCCCCCAGGCCAGCGGUCCUCUGUCAGUAAGCUUGGGGCACUCUCCCUGGGGAACUUUAGCAAAACCAGCACUAAAGACAAUGUUUUCGGGCAGAGCUGCCUGGCAGCCCUUUCCACAGCCUGCCAGAACAUGAUAGCUAGCCUAGGGGCCCCCAACCUAAACGUAACAUUCAACAAGAAGAACCAAAAUGAGGGCAAGCGAAAACUGAGUCAGACGGAGCAGGACAUUAAUAGCAGCACAGUUAACGGGACUGGCAGUGCUGGUCCUGAGUAUUUUCAGAGCGGCACUUCCCAGAACAGCCAGAUGCCUGGCACUGGGAAUAGCAACAUAAAGCCUGCAGGUCAAAACCAGACGCUGCAGGGGGAAGCCAGUGCCCUCUCCCCAAAUUACAACAUGGACGCUACCCCAUGCAGUGAGGGGAAAGCAGCAACAGGGAACGGGAGAGGGAGAGGGAGGAGAAAAAGGGACAGCGGGCAUGUGAGCCCUGGGAUCUUUUUUUCCUCUGACAGCGGAAACCCUGUUGUAAGUCCAGGCCAGCAACCCCCUUCAGCUGGCGUUGGGGAGAGGGGUGGGGGUACGCCCCAUGAGAAACCCCUCCCAUCCCCCUCCUGGGGAAAGGGAGAUGACCAGAUGCUGGGGGACCAGGCAGACCUGAUGUCUUCUCUGGACAGUGGCAUUCAGAGUGUCACCAAAUCUAACAGUAGCUCACCGCACGUGGACCUUGCUGACGAUGUCAGCACCCACUACGUCAAUGAGGAUGAGGUGUCCUCUAGCUCAGAUGCAGGAGGUGCUCCUGUCACCAAGCCCAACCGCAGUCCGCACAUCACCGUCUCACCCAAGCUGCAGAGGGGGGAACAUGGCCUGAUGAAUGGGCAGAAGCCCCUAGGCAUGCAGGGCAUUACCAAUCACACUACCUCUACACCCGACAGCUAUGGACUGAGUGCUGGUGGGGGCACGGUGGGAAACGGAGUCGGUCACCCAGGCACACCUGGGAUGGAGCAGGUACGCACCCCAUCCAGCACCUCUGGCCAGGAAGACAUCCACCCUCUGGAGAUACUGCAGGCCCAGAUCCAGCUGCAGCGGCAGCAGUUCAGCAUCUCAGAGGACCAGCCCCUGGCCAUGAAGAAUGGUAAAAAGAGUGGCGACUGUCCCUCACAGAACGAAGACAAUGAGCUGGCGAGCUGCAGCCCGGAUGCUGGGAAGGGCUCAAUGGGCACUAUUGACCUUGACACUCUAAUGGCAGAGCAGCACGCCACCUGGUAUGUGCCCAGCGACAAGGCCAUGAUGGAUGGGCCAGAGGAUGACAAGGCCAUGGCACCCUGGGAAAAGACUAAGAGCCAGAAUAACAGCAAAGAAGAGUCGGAGCUGUCUCAGAGUAAGGCUGGAGUAGGGGUGGGGGCCCAGGGGCCCGUAGGGGGCAAUGGGGGGAGCCACCUGCAGUGCCUGUCCGUACACUGCACAGAUGAGCUCGGGGACAGUAAGGGCCGAGGGGGGCCCGUCUCCUCCUGGCGCUCCCUGCACUCCGACAUCUCCAACCGCUUUGGGACCUUUGUGGCGGCCCUGACCUGAACACAACCAGGCCAGGAGAUGGAGGGAACAUCGGAUGAAGAGAGAGAGAGAGAGAGAGAGAGAGAGAGGGGGAGGGAGGGAGAGUCAGAGUCAGUAGCAGAUGACAACUAUGAAGACAGCAAUGAUGAUGACGACAUAAAGGUGUUGAUGAUGAGGCCACUGCAUCGGCUCUCGCCUGCUCUCGCCUGUUCAGGGAGAGAAAGACAUAUACACACCCAUACACACUUGUACACACACAUCAACACAUACACACUCAUGCUCGCACAUACACACUCAUGCUCGCAUACACACUCACACACAAAAACAAUCUUGGAUACACACUCACUCAUGCAUCGCUGGACUAUACAGCUUGGGCUCUAGUCAGUGGUGACCACAUCUGGAAAACCACAAAUCAAUCUAUUUUUAUUUUAUUUUAUUUUUAAGAAAAAAGGAGAAAUGUCAAUGGAGGAAAAGAAAAAACUAAAACUGAAGAAACAAUAAGACAAAAAUGACCUUGGCUGUAUUGGAAUACCAGUGUUGAAUCUCUGUUUGGUUAUAUUCUCUAAAUAAAAAUAGCCUCUUAAUAUUUGGGACCUUUGUGAUCAUCCUCACCACUAGAGCUGUCCCCUGUACCUUUACCCCCUAGCCAUGGUUCUCUCUGCAGCCUGGAGAUGGUACUACGCACUAUGCCUGCCCCCAGACUAGCGUAUAGAUCACUGAGCCCAGGCCUCAGUCUCGCAGAGCCACCCUGACCCAUACUGACCCGUUGAGGGACUCUGGUGGUCUUUGUCAGCCAGAAUAUGGAGGAUGUGUGAACCAGCCCUUCCUCUAUCCCAUGGCUCUCAUGUGUAUAGAGAGAGGAGAGCAGCCCUGUCACCAGGACCUCUCCCCUCCAACCAAACCUCAGGCCUGGGAAGCCCAUUGUCAGCCAGAGACACAGGAACCUGAUGAGAUUUUGGCCCUUUGAGACACCAUACCUCACAGCCUCAGCAGGCUACCCUCCUCAAAUCAAAUCAAAAUCCUGGUUCAAUAGAACUGACCUGAACCCUGAUGCAGGGGAGUUAGAUGGAGAGAUAAAUGGUUUGUUUUUGGGUUGGAAAAGGUAUCAGCAAAAAGGGAUUUCUUUAUACAUAUUCCUCUCUUUCACUUCCUUCCUCUUGUAUUGAGCUUGGGCUCCAACACAGGUAUACAAUACAGCCAGUGGAAAUAGUAGGGGAUGUCAAAGAACAAUUUAAUAAGGGAAUUGGAAGAAAAAAAAUAUUGGUAUUGCACAUGUAAAAUAAGAGAACAUUUGCUGUGUGUUAGGCAAUCUUGUAAUCUUUAAAUAAAGCUUCUGUUGGAUUUGAAUUUCUGAAACAAUAGAUGGAGGACUGUGACGGCAACGUGCGAACUGUUUCUUUUUUGUUUUCUUUUUUUAAUAAUAUGUAAAGUGCAGUCGUCUGUUUUCCUGCAUAUUGUAAAUAUCUGUAUAUGUUUUAUUGAGGAACUAAAUAACAAUAAAUAUGACGUUAAUGGUGAA